AUGACGUGCGGCGCGCUCGGCGUCUUCCUACCCAUUAUCCUGCGUCUGGUGGAAACGCGUUCCGCAGCUGGGCUCUCUCCGCUCACGUGGAGCCUUCAGCUGCUCGGCUACGCCCUUUUUGUUGUCUACCCUGCGCGGUCCGGCUUUCCGCUCUCCUCGUACGUCGAGUACGCCGUCCUGAUGGCGCAGAGCCUCGCCAUCAACUGCAUGAUCCGGCUCUUCGCGGGUGUCGCCGCCCCCUCGGUCGCCGCCGGCGCCGCCGCCUAUUGCGUCGCCCUCGCCCUCGCGCUGCGCUGCACGCCGCUACGCCUCGCCAAGCUGUGUGUCCCCGCUGCCACGGCGCUGCUCUCGACAGCGCUGCUGCCGCAGAUCUGCCGCAACUUCGCUGCGAGGUCCUCCGGCGGCUGGUCCGGCAUCACUGCCAGCCUCGGCAUCGUGGGCAACUCGCUGCGUCUCUACACGACGCUGCGGCUCGCCGGCGGCGACAGGCUUCUCCUCGCCCAGUUCGGCCUCGGCGUGAGCCUAAACGCGAUCCUGCUCACGCAGGUCCUCGUGUGGGGAGUCUGA